GGUCGUGAUUAAAACUGCCUGCCUGCCUGCCUGUUUGAAUGGCUUUAGCUUGACCCCUUUUCUCUCUCUCUCUAGUCUCUCUCUCUUCAUUUCAUUUCAUUUCUGCGAUCCAUCCCAUCCACCUUUCCAACGCAACUGCUCCUUCUCGUAACCCUCUCCGUUUCCGUGGCCGGACUCGGUUCCGAUACCGCCUUGAGCUUUAAGGGAGAGAAAACCUGCAGGGAGCCCUAAUCAAGCGCUGGAAAAUAUGGAGAUCGCACCGGCUUUGCCGGCUUCACACCACGACGGCGGCGCCGAAGCCGAAGGGGAUUCCCUUUCUGCCGAGGCUUCUUCCGUCAGGCCAGUUCCCUCGUCUUCGUCUCCCAGGGGUUCUCCGGAGAAAAUUAAUUCCAGGUAUGAUGAGGACGACGAAGAGGGGGACGUUUGUCGGAUCUGCAGGAACCCUGGGGAGCUGGAUAAUCCUCUCCGUUAUCCUUGCGCAUGCAGUGGAAGCAUCAAGUACGUUCACCAGGACUGCCUUCUUCAGUGGCUGAAUCACAGCAAUGCUCGUCAAUGCGAGGUAUGCAAACAUGCAUUUUCUUUCUCUCCAGUUUAUGCUGAAAAUGCUCCUUCAAGGCUUCCAUUCCAAGAGUUCGUUGUUGGGAUGGCAAUGAAAGCUUGUCAUGUUCUGCAAUUCUUUGUGCGCCUUAGCUUUGUGCUUUCUGUCUGGCUCCUUAUCAUACCAUUCAUCACAUUUUGGAUAUGGAGACUAGCGUUUGUGAGAAGUUUCAGUGAAGCCCAGAGACUUUUCAUGAGCCAUAUCUCUACCACAGUAAUCCUAACGGAUUGCCUGCAUGGAUUCCUGCUCUCAGCCAGCAUUGUAUUUAUUUUCCUCGGAGCCACUUCUUUAAGGGAUUACUUUAGGCAUUUACGAGAAAUUGGAGGGCAGGAUGUUGGAAGAGAAGAUGAUGGAGACAGAAAUGGUGCUCGUGCUGCAAGAAGGCCUCCUAUUCAAGCUAAUAGGAUGGAUGGGAACGGUGAUGAUGCUGCUGGACCUCAAGGUAUUGUGGGAGCUGGUCAAAUCAUUAGAAGGAAUGCAGAAAAUGUUGCUGCUCGUUGGGAGUUGCAAGCAGCUCGCCUUGAGGCUCAUGUUGAACAAAUAUUUGAUGGUAUGGAUGAUGCUGAUGGUGCUGAGGAUGUACCAUUUGAUGAACUAGUAGGCAUGCAAGGGCCUGUCUUUCAUUUGGUUGAAAACGCUUUUACUGUUCUUGCAAGUAAUAUGAUAUUUCUUGGUGUUGUGAUCUUUGUGCCCUUCUCCUUGGGACGGGUUAUUCUUCACUAUGUAUCAUGGAUUUUGGCCUCAGCUGCCAGCCCAGUUUUGUCAAGGAUGCUUCCAUUGACUGAUUCAGCCUUAUCUUUAGCCAAUAUUACCUUGAAGAAUGCAUUGACGGGUAUGGUGAAUUUAUCAUCGGAUGGUCAAAAUGGAAACUUGCUAGACAAGGUUGUGGAGGUGAUGAGUGCAAAUUCCACUGGAUUACAUGGAGUAAAAAAUAACCUAACCUCCUCACUUGCAGCUGAUUCUGUAAAAGGAAUGUCUGUUGUUGGUGUAACGUCAAGGCUAUCUGAUGUUACUACUCUUGCUGUCGGUUACAUGUUCAUAUUUUUUUUGGUGUUCAUUUACCUGGGAACUGUUGCAUUGAUUAGAUAUGCUAAAGGUGAGCCUUUAACUACGGGAAGGUUCUAUGGUAUCGCAUCCAUUGCGGAGACAAUUCCUUCCCUUCUGCGGCAGUUCCUGGCUGCAAUGAGGCAUUUAAUGACUAUGAUUAAGGUUGCUUUCCUUUUGGUCAUUGAACUUGGCGUCUUCCCAUUGAUGUGUGGAUGGUGGCUUGACAUUUGUACUAUAAGGAUGUUUGGCAAGUCAAUUUCCCAAAGGGUGGAGUUCUGUUCGGCCUCUCCUCUGGCAAGCUCGUUGGUUCAUUGGGUUGUUGGCAUUGUUUACAUGCUACAAAUUAGUGUCUUCGUCAGCCUACUACGAGGGGUUUUGCGAACCGGUGUUCUUUACUUCCUGAGGGACCCAGCUGAUCCAAACUAUAACCCUUUCCGUGAUUUGAUUGAUGAUCCUGUGCAUAAACAUGCAAGAAGAGUUUUGUUGUCUGUUGGCGUGUAUGGGAGUUUAAUAGUGAUGCUUGUAUUUUUACCCGUCAAACUCGCUAUGAGAAUGGCACCCUCUAUUUUCCCUCUAGAUAUCUCUGUAUCAGAUCCAUUCACUGAGAUUCCUGCAGACAUGCUACUCUUUCAAAUAUGCAUUCCAUUUGCUAUCGAGCAUUUUAAAUUGCGAAGUACAAUCAAGUCUGUUCUCCAGUAUUGGUUUACUGCAGUUGGCUGGGCGCUCGAUUUGACUGAUUUCUUACUGCCCAGACCAGAGGACAAUAAUGGUCAGGAAAACGGAAAUGCAGAACCAGCCAGGCGUAAUAGGAGACGUGUACAAAUAGAUGGACAAGAACAGGUCAUAGAAAGACUACUGGGUCCAGAUAAUAUCAGAGGAAGAUCAAUCUCAUCAAAUGAUGUCCCUGCUGAAGAAUCUGAUGCCGAUGAACAAUCCGAUUCCGAGAGGUACAGCUUUGUCUUCCGAAUAGUGUUACUGUUAGUUGUGGCUUGGAUAACUCUCGUGGUCUUCAACUCUGCAUUAGUAGUUGUUCCGAUUUCACUUGGACGCACAUUAUUUAAUCUUAUCCCACUUCUACCAAUAACCCAUGGCAUCAAGUGUAAUGAUAUAUACGCAUUUGUUAUUGGAAGCUAUGCAAUUUGGACUGUAAUAGCCGGAGUUAGAUACUGCGUCGAGCACAUAAGAACAAGGAGAGUCAAGGUUCUGAUACGGCAAGUUCAGAAGUGGUGUAGUAUUGUUUUGAAGAGCUUUGCAUUGUUGUCAAUAUGGAUUUUUAUGAUCCCAGUGUUAAUUGGACUGCUUUUUGAACUUCUUGUAAUUGUUCCAAUGAGAGUACCUGUGGAUGAAAGUCCUGUUUUUCUUCUAUACCAAGACUGGGCUUUGGGACUUAUCUUUCUCAAGAUCUGGACUAGAUUGGUAAUGCUAGAUCAUAUGGCACCACUAGUGGACGAAAGUUGGCGAGUAAAAUUCGAGAGAGUAAGAGAAGACGGUUUCUCAAGAUUACAAGGCUUUUGGGUACUCCGAGAAAUCGUAUUCCCAAUAGUGACAAAAUUACUCACAGCAUUAUGUGUUCCUUACGUAUUAGCCCGAGGUGUAUUCCCGGUAUUCGGUUACCCUUUAGUCAUCAAUUCAGCAGUCUAUCGGUUCGCAUGGCUUGGUUGCCUGGGUUUCAGCCUGGUCUGUUUUUGUGCAAAACGGUUCCAUCUCUGGUUCACAAAUCUCCAUAAUUCUAUAAGAGAUGAUCGAUACUUGAUUGGCAGAAGACUGCAUAAUUUUGGGGAAGCUGCUAAAAGACAACAAAAUGUGGUUUCUGCGCAAGAAGAUGUUGCGGUUGAAGGUGAAGUCGUCGGUUUGAGGUUGAGGCAUGUACAUCAUGAAGGAGAAGAAGCACAAUAAAAAGUGUAGUAGACAAGAAAGAAGUUCGUCAAUCUCUUAUUCUGUAGGUUUGUAUUAAUACUAUAUAAUAUACUAGCAGCAGCAGCAACAUCUUUUCAGUGUUCUUGAGGAUUAUUCAUGUAUCAAAAAUGGAAAAUAUAAAACAAAAAUUGUGAUUUUGCUUCU